AUGAGACUGGUAUCCGACCGAGAGUUUUCUUAUUCCGAGAUCGGCUCCACAACGCCCGACGAACAUGCCUCGACAGAGCUCGGUCUGGCUCGGCUCUGGGGCCCGAAUUGGCUAAUGCAGACUUUGCUCCUUUUGCUCCUUUUGCUCCUUUUGCAGGUGAACCAUCUGCCCUGCUCCUUUCAACUCGGCAGGAAAGAUCGGCUCUGGAAGAACCUUUUGAAGAUGCAACAAGUGUACGGCAAAAAAGAUUUCGACUUCAUACCUCAAACCUUCUGUCUCCCCGGCGACCUGGAAGCCCUGAGAAAGGUAUGGGAUGAAGAGGGCAUGCAACAAAAGUGGAUACUUAAGCCGGUGAGUGAAUUAUGUGUUGAAUUUCUGCAUUCAUGUGAUCUUUAUUACUUAUCAUUUUAG